GUUGACCUGUAUACGAGUUGGUCUGUGUACGACUUGACUGUAAAUCAGUAAAUGUAUACCAGUCCACCUUGUGUGUGAUAAGGCAUCGAUAAGUAUGAUUACUUCACAUUGUGUUGAAUUAUUAACAAUCAAUUAUCAUAGUAGUAUAAUUAGAAUUAUGUUUUGCAUUGAAUGUGGGGUGGUUUUAGGCCCCACAAACAAGUUUUGUGGUUCAUGUGGCGCCCCAGUCUGUGUCAAAAGGAAAGUAACAACAGAACCUGACACAGCCAAACCAGGGCCAUCAAAAUCUUUUGAUGAGUCAGCAAAAGGAUGCUUCUCGCCAAAUGAGGUACAGUCCAAACUUGACGUUUUAAAGGCCAAGUUUUUUGAUAGUAAGAAAAAAAUGUCCAGCAAAAGAUUAGGUGGACACACUAAAUCUUCAGGGUUGGAGGUCAAUUAG